AUGUCACCAGCAGUCUUCAAGCUAUCACCAGGGGUACAGUCAUAUGACUGGGGCAAGAAGGGUUCCGCUUCUUUGGCGGCUCAGUUUGGAAAGACUUGCGUCGAGGGCUUUCAGAUUGAUGAGGACAAGACAUAUGCCGAGCUAUGGAUGGGUACUCACCCCACUCUCCCCUCCAAGCUCACCUCCGACUCAUCCCUGUUAUCCGAACACAUCAAAUCAAACUCAGCACUAGUAGGAGACAAAGUCAUCAACAAGUUCCAGGAUUCGAAAGAAGGCAACCUACCUUUUAUGUUCAAGGUGUUGAGUAUUGGAACUGCUCUCAGUAUCCAGGCUCAUCCUGAUAAGAAGCUGGCGAAGAGGUUGUUUGAUGAGAGGCCAAAUGUCUACAAGGAUCCCAACCACAAACCAGAAAUGGCCAUCGCUCUCACUCCAUUCCUAGCAUUCCUUAACUUCCUGCCACUACCCAAUCUCCUGCUCAACCUGCUCGUCGUACCCGAACUUAAACCCAUCAUAUCCUCUAAACUGAUCGAGUCACUCGCAUCUUCUGUUGGUUUACCUACCAAUCCACCGUUCGACGUGUCGACAUAUCGACAAACACCUUGCUCGCCCACAGAUGAGAACAAGCAGAUCCUUAAACAGAUCUUCGAUGCUCUCAUGUCUGCCGACACAGAUACUGUAACCACCGCUGUACGUGCAUUGAUAGAACGAUAUAAGAAGGGCGAGAAGAUUGAGGAAGCGGAAAAGAGCGUGGUGGACUUGGCUUUGAUGUUGAAUGACCAGUAUCCUGACGAUGUUGGAGUGUUAUGUGUUUUCUUCCUGAAUGUUGUGGAACUGAAGAAGGGGGAGGCGGCUUUCCUGGAAGCUAAUUCUCCUCAUGCUUACAUCAAGGGAGACAUCAUCGAAUGUAUGGCCACGUCCGACAACGUCGUUCGAGCAGGUCUCACACCGAAACUACGUGAUGUACCCACUUUGGUCGAAAUGUUGACCUACGAAUCUGGACCAGGUGAUCAACAAUUACUUCAACCUACAACCUUUGGUUCUCAGGAUCAAGCUACCAAACUGUAUGAUCCGCCGAUCGAAGAAUUCUCGGUGUUACGUGUAGAACUCCCUUCAGGAGGCAAGACCUCGCAUAGAAAGAUUGAAGGACCGUCCAUCGCUGUUGUCACUCAGGGUAGUGGGUCGAUCGUCAACGGUGAUGACAAGGUAGAAUUCGAAAGGGGUAAUGUUAUCUUUAUUGGUGCGAAUGAAGAAGUCACUUGGGAAGCUACAAAGGAUUUAGAGGUUUUCAGAGCUUACGUAGAAGCGUAG